AUGUCGAAUAUCGCCGCGAAGCUGGCCGCGUCCGAGAAGGGGGCAGAUGCUGCGCGCGUGCGGGCCAAACUACGCGCGGCGCGCGGUUCGGCAAGGGGCGUGUCCCGGCCGACCAUGCCUCGAUCGAGCCCAAACGACGCGGCAAUGCCCAACACGCGAGAGCGAGCGAGUCCCGAACGCAAAGUUGCAGAGGGCCGCGAUGCUGAAGAGCAAUCUCGCGUCACGUCAGCAGCGACGGACAAGCCGGAGAAGCGAAAACGAGACCGCAAGGUCGGCAAGAGGGCGUCGAGGCGACGAAGCACACUUAGUCCACGGGAAUUGGAGACUCUCAUCUCGGGCACUACGCAGUGA